GUAGUUCCGGUUCACUAUCUUAGCACGCUUUUUGACAGUAGCUAUGUUGACAUACAGCGUCAGGAGGAGUGUGCUGUCUAAGCAGUUAAACAUUUUUAAAACUUCAGCUCAUAUGUGUUCACCCGUGCUUCUACAGUUUCACAGAGGACGGUGCGACAUCACCGGCAGCGAAAUCAAAGAAGAGGUGGAAGCAGUGUUAAAGCUGUGUGCGGACAGAGGUUAUAUUUGUGAGGCUGACCAGGCGUUGUGGAGAAGAGGGGUGACUUGUGGGUACGGUCCCCUGGGUGCGGAGCUGAAGAGAAAUCUGCUGGAGAGAUGGUGGGAGUCUGUUGUGAGCUCCAGGGCGCACGUGUUUGGGAUAAACAGUGUGAGCUGCUCCCCGGACAGGGCUGGACUUGGCCACCUUAAAAAAGUCGAGACUAAACAAAUAAGGCGAAUACUGGAACAACAAGAACUAAGCAGAGAACAGAUCAUUGAACAGGUUAAUUUACUUCUACAGACGUCGCCAUCACUAAGAACAAACUUUUUCCAAGGUGCUUUGGAGCAGUUUGUCCCUUCUUUAGAGCUGGUCAACAGAAAGCUGCCGUUUGGCCUGGCUGAACAUGGGAUGUGUUUCAGUGGACCCACGUGUGGUUGGACUGAUGCCAUCACGCAGACUUCUCUUGUAUGGUUCUGUUCUCCUCGUACUUCAUCCCAGUGGUUGGAUUUCUGGGCACGACAGAGGCUCCAGUGGUGGAAAAAAUUUGCGCUUUCCCCGUCAGAUUUCAGCAGUAGUGACGUUCCAGAGGAGGAGCUAGAGCUACCAGCAUCACGCGGAGUCAAAAUAUUAUAUAAUUUUCCAUGGGGUCCGGAGUCUCUAGAAACUUUGUGGAGCAGAGGAGACACUGAACUACUGCAAGCACACAAUGGGAUCCGCUCAAAACUACAGUGUCGAGAUGGGAGAAAGUCAGUGCCUCAUGUUGUAACAGUAACUGCCAAUAUGGACCAAGGUGUCAUGGCUUUUCUAUUUAACUCGCUACAACAACAGAAGAAAGAGGACAGCAAGAGAAAGCUGCAUCAGAGGAAGGUUCUUAAGUUGCAUCCCAUCUUGACUCCAAUCAAAGUGGCUUUGGACAUUGGAAGGGGAUCCACAAUGGAGCUGCGUCAAGUUUGUGAAGGCCUACUUCAUGAGCUGCUUGAGUCCAAGAUCUCUACAUGGCCUGGGUAUCUUGAAACAAUGCCAACAUCACAGGAGCAGCUCAAUGCCAGGUAUGAUGAGAUGGGAGUGUUAUUCACCACUGUGAUAAAUGAAAACACUCUUGAAAAUGGCCUUCUUCAAGUCCGUAGCAGGGAUACAACAGUCAGAGAGACUAUGCAUAUUUCAGAGAUCAAGAGCUUUCUGUCCAAAUAUGUUUCUGCUGCUCAGCACACCUGAAAAUGUUUGCUCAAUAUUUUACAAUAUAAUAAAGUCAUUAUACACUAAA